CCGCCUUUAGAUUUCGUCACCCUUUCCGCAACCUACUCAGUUCCUUUUUUCCAUUCUCUCUCUCCCUUUCUUUUCUCGCGAGCGUGUUUCCGAAGUUUCCAAUUCAGGGGUCCAAAAUUGCAGGCAUUGCUGAUCGGAGCUCCGGCGGAAGGUUUUUCUCGACGGGACGAACUCCCCGAGGUCUCGAGAAGCUCCUUCCCCACUUUCACUAGUCAUGGAUGGUCAUGCAAAUGCCAUUAUGGGGAUCCAUUUCCAGGAAACAAGAAGGUUCAGAAGCAGAGGAACUUUCUGAAAUUGGCCUCUGAUUCUACUUGGUGCAGUAGUGGUACCACGGAUGAAAACUCGUUCACGUUUGAACCGGGGUGGAGAUAUUUAAACCAAGCCAUUGGGACUCCAAUGAAGAAGUUAUUAGCUGAAGAGAUGUUGAGAGAAACUGAAUACAAAAGAAGAUCUCCAAGUAUUAUUGCCAGAUUGAUGGGUCUUGAUGGGCUGCCACCUCAGCAGCCUGCUCACAAACAACAAAAGAAGUCCUCGGAGAACUAUAUUAAGAGGACAACAUCAGUAGAGAAAGCUCCAAAGAGUGGAUCAUUUUAUGACCAUCGAUCAUCUAGAAGGAGCUCAAAGGAGCUGGAAGAGUUUAAGGAUGUACAUGAGGUUUUGGAAACAUCAAAGAUAGAGAGUAGCAGUUGUUCAUCACUGGGGCUUACAAACUCAAAGCUUUCCGAUGCUGAGAUGGCAUUUAUUCAGCAGAAGUUCAUGGAGGCUAAACAUCUUUCAAGUGAUCAAAAGUUACAGUAUAUGAAGGAGUACCACGAUGCACUUGAGGUACCAGACUCCAAUAAAGAUCGUCUGCUCAAAUUUCUACAACAACCAGAUUCAUUGUUCACAAAGCAUAUGCAUGAUCUGAGAGGUGCUCCUCUCCAAACUCAUCAGGGUCGCAUGGAAGCUAAGGAGUUGUCAGGUGCUCAUAAGUAUGAAAGUGGUGAACUUAGGAAGUCAAUGAGACGAACUCUUAGAUCUCCCCAGAACCAUUGCGAUGGUCUUUUUGCCUACCCUGACUGCAGAUAUGCUAAUGCUCUCAAUUCGACAAAAACUCCAUUUGAACGGAAGGAUGAGUUGGCUCCUAUACCUACAAGUAUAGUUGUGUUAAAACCGAACAUACGGAAGGCCAAGAAUGGUACCAGCUGUGAUUCAUCACCUUGUUCUUCGCAUGCUAGCCUGUCAGAUUGUAGGGUGCACACAGAAUUUCCGAGUAGCAAAAAUAGGAAGGGAAACCUAAGGUGGGGAAAAAAUUUUCCUGAUAGUGUGGGGCUUUCAAGUCAUAAGUCCAGAGAAUCUAGAGAACUUGCGAGGGAAAUAACUAAAAAAAUGAGAAAUAGUUUCCGUAGUGGUUCUAUGAAAAUUUCAUCUGCUGGAUUUACAGGAUAUGCUGGGGAUGAGAGUUCAUGUGACAUGUCUGGGAAUGAAUCAGAGGCGAUUACAGUGGAAUCAAGAAAUUCAUUUGACUUGAGUAACAAGUACAAGCCUUCAUCAUACGUUUUGGCUGAAUCCUCUGUGAGCAAGGAGGCCAAGAAGAGACUGUCAGAGAGGUGGAAAAUGACCAACAAGUCUCAAGAGCAGGGAGUUGUUAGUAAGGGCAGCACACUGGCUGAAAUGCUUGCUAUCCCUGAUAAGUACUUAAUGCCAGCAGAUUUAAUUGGAAUGAUUGUUGGGGACAAAAUUAGUGACAAAUUUUCAAGUAAUGAUAGACCAAAUGGGUGGGUUGAACCUCUGGGAAUUAGCAGUAGGGAUGGCUGGAUGGAUGGAUCUAUCAGAAACUUAUCAAGAUCUAGAUCUCUUCCUGCUUCUUCUAGUGCUUUUGGAAGUCCCAAGACAAGCAUACACAGCGAAAUGUUUUAUGAUAAAACGUAUCUCAUGCCAAAAGAUGCCUCGAGGAAGGAAAAAAGCAAGAGAAUAAAGGGUAAUUCUGAUGGGAGGCAUGGGCUAGUCCUAGAAAAUCAAGAUCUAGUAGUAAGAAAUCUCAUUCUUCUAGCUGCACAGUCGGGGAAAGUAAAGAUUGUUUGGUAGAGGUUCAUACAAGCCAGAAUCAAGUGGAGGCUGGGUUUGAAAGGAUUGAUCCAUCUGAAAAAGAUGUUAUGAUCUUUGAGUCAUUAGUUAGCAUUGACAAUCAUGCGAGUCCAGUUCCCAAAAAUGUGGGGGAAGCGAGAGAAGA